AUGACGGCUUUCAGAGUAGGUCAACGGACAGAUGCAUUUCGAAUGGCCACAAACGGGCGGAAGAAAAGCAAAUUAAUCGCAGACUACAUGAAAUACGAGCCCGAAUUGACGCCUCAAGAUGAACCCGAUCCCACGAACAUGAGAGGAUACAAUUAUCUGGUUGAUGGAGAAGAUCGCGUUGAUCAUAUCUGUGAAGCUCCUGACUACUUACUCCGAAUAGAAAUAACUGAUCAUCGGGUUAUUACCGUCAACAAAAUCUGGCGGUGCACUGGAGGUCUGCUGAGCUCGAGCGGAGAUCCAGAAGGGCGUUUGAAAGACAUUUGUCUUUCGUUUGCCCUGUUCAAGCUAAUUCAGCGUAGAUUUUCCUGCUAUCAACUUGCUGAGAGCAGCCUCCAAAAGACCAGGGACUUCGUGAUUCGGGGAUUGCUCUCCAACGAUGAUGAUGCUCAUGAAAGAGCCUUCAGGGUGAUCGAGGUAGAGCUGGCUUUCCUUCAUGAUUAUUUCUAUACAAAGUAUCCUUUGAUAUUUGUCAGUGAGAAAUUCAUGCUAGCCAUGUCAGCUACACUUCUGAUAUUUCUAUGUUGGUCCGGAGUAUCAGUCAUGAAGUAUUAUCUAUCCCCUACCACUUACUUCAACCUUAUCACAAUCGGAAGGAAGAGCUUCGAUGCAAUUUUUACCUUGAUAAUUGUAGCAGCCAUUUUUUGGCUGGAGCUGUUCCAGAUCUACCUCUAUGUGUGCUCGGAGUGGGCCAAAGUAUCUCUCGUUUGUAGAUACGUUGCUCAUCCUUCAUGGCAUGAUAAGCCAUGGAUCGCAGAAUUGAUAAAACAUCUUUGCCAGCUAAAGGUUUCCGACAGGGUUUUGCAGAAUAAACUGGGUCAGUAUUCGCUUCUUAAACAUUGUGAUUAUAAGCCAAAAGCUAAGAACAUGUUAUAUUACAUGACAUGUGAAAUUGUUGGGAAGACCAGAGCUGGCCAAAAACAAAGCAAGCGAUUAAAGCUCCCAAGUGAGGUAAAGAAAGCAGUCGUCCGUUGGCUCAAACUCAACCAUGACACGCUGCCGACCAACGGAAUUUCAUCUCUGCAACGAAAUGGAAUGAGCGCACAGCUUUCAUGGGCAUGCAAUCUUGAAACUCACGCGCAGGUAAUAUUGGUUUGGCAUAUAGCCACUUCUCUGUGUGACAUCCACGGAUCCCGAGUGGAGCACGCAAAGGUUACUUCGAUGGAGAUGAAGGAUAACCAAGUCGUUGCUAACAGUUUAUCGCGAUAUUGUGCAUACUUGGUAGGGUUUGUCCCAGAUCUUCUACCGGACAACAGUUUUGAAGUUCGGUUGAUCUUUGAUGACGCAGUAAAGGAAGCUUCCUCGCUACUCGGGACAUUCAACUUGGACCAAAGGUUUCGAAGUAUGAUGAACCUAAGUGACACUUCUCAGACUGUCGUUUGUAGGGGUGCGAGACUGGGAAAGCAGUUGAUAGACAUGGAGACGCCAGAGAUGCGAUGGAAGGUGAUGGCGGAAUUUUGGGUGGAGAUGAUCCUGUUCCUUGCUCGAUCAGACAAUGCAAAAGCUCAUGCGGAGGGUCUUGCAAGAGGUGGGGAGUUCAUCACGCAUCUGUGGGCGUUACUUUCCCAUGCAGGCAUACUUGGAAGAGGCCCCAGCUGCAUACUUUAGUUGAUUGUCUGAUGCAUUCAGCAUUCUCCUGUGUGUGGGUGUGUGUCAAUAAGCGCUAGUUUGUGUGUGGGUGUGUGUCGAUAAGCGCGAGUUUGUGUGUGCUAGUGCGUGCAUCUGCCCGUGUGCGUGUCUGUAAGCGCUAGUUUGUGUGUGCCAGCGCGUUUAUGUGCCCGUGUGCGUGUGCAUGUGCGAGUGUUACUUGCGUGCAUUGCGUGCGUGCGCGGUACAGCCAGUUUUCGUUCUUUUAGCAAGUGUG